UAUUGUUGUUAUGAUGAGAUAAUAGAAACUAAAAUAGUUUCAUCAGAUAAUGAUAAAAAUCUAGCUUUUCUCUAUGAUUUAAUGAUAAAAACAGAAAUAUUUUUUAAAAAUACAAAGAUAAUACGAUCAUCUGAAUAUUCAGAGAUAGAAAAAUUAAUAAAUAAUGCAAUAUAUUCUAAUAGAAAGAUAGUAGAUAUUGAAAGAGAAAUUUAUAAUAGAAUUAUAGAUUCAAAUUCAUUAAAUAAUGAUGAAAAAAUUAAGCUUCAAUCAUUAAGA